CUGCAGUCGCCACAGAACCCUCCACACCCGCCCUCCCGCAUCCGACACACGACAGCCCACGCGCGUGGACACUACAUGCGACGUCACUCUCGCUCCCCACCUUGCACAGCCGGCACCUUGCACAUCCUCUCCUGCGUGUCCGUCGCGCGUAAAGCACAUGCCAGGCCUUAUCUCUCCCUCUAGCGCCAGCAGCGGAGGCGCAAUCGCAGCUAUGAAGCGGCCCCACGAUGGCGACGGUCCAGCACAGCAGGGCGCGCCGCUGAAGAAGCGCAAGGUCCUGCAUCAGCUCCAGCACACACAGCCCGUGCAGCACAUGAUCGACCCCAUUGGCGCCGAGUUUGCGUAUGGCGACAGCAAGGACUUCUACGACCAGCAACUACGGCGCGCAAUCGCGAUACAAUGCAAGACACUGGGCUUUGAUAGCGCGCGACCAGAUGCGCUGGAGGAGUUUAGAGGGCUGGUCGACUCAUACAUGACCAAGUUCCUCACUAACGUGCGCGUGUCCAUGGCCAGUGCGAGGCGCACCGAGACGGUAGCUCACGAUUGGAUCUACGCGCUUGCCAGCGCUGGGCUCCGCGGCUCUGGCCCUCUCGAGCAGCACUUCGACACAGGCGACAUCCCCCCAUCAUUACUACAGCCACACUUCGACCCCCCGGCCCCGCCAGAACCGCAGCCCAUCAGCACCGACGCAUUACUUGGCCCUGAACUGUCCGGGAAAACGGACAAGGAAGCACGACCAUACAUACCAGAGCAUUUCCCACCAUUUCCAUCGAAAAACACCUACAAAGCCACCCCAGUAUUCACCGAACGAGAGAAUGAUCCUCGCAAAAUCCGAGAGAAGGCGACAGAGGAAGGCAUUCUAGCAGAGCAAAGCUUGCGGAAGCUCAUGGCAGCACAGAAGGCAGGCAUACAAAAGCAGACUGCCGGCAAGCGAAAACGGAGCCGGCGUAUGAAAGAGAGCGACAGGUUAUGGCAGGAAGCAAUGACGGAUCUUCUUAACGAGGAGAAGGAGCACGAAAAGAGCGAGGCCCGGCAACGCGCAAGGGAGGAAGAGGCGGAGAUGGAGGCCGACGACGAAUCGGACAACUGGAAUGCGCCCCUUGUUGAGCGACAGCUACGGCAGCCCGUUGUGGACCGGAACGUCAACCUCGAAGAGGGCGUGCAUGUCAAUUACGACCAGCGAUACUGGAAAAAGUCUGCAAGAGGCGUAUGAAGUCAACAUGAACAAUGGACUGGCAAGGCAUUUUUCAGCGCGGCGUUUGGAGUUUGCAUAUAUAUUCGUGCCCACGGACGGGCUUUUCGAGCAUGUGAGGCGUUCCAUAAUCGUGUAGAGGUGUGUCAUAGCCUGCGGGCGGCACAGAAUAGCAAUGAGAUUGAUCGUGAUCUCUAAUGACAUCUCACACGCUACCCAUAAUCCUCGCUAC